AUGGACAUCACCUCGUUCGUCGUACAAGGCCGCGACAAGGCCCUUCUCUACGGCGAUUAUUCCACUUACCAUGCCAGCCUGGCCAAGCGUCUCGUCAACUCACGCAGGAAGCUGGGCAUCGCCACCAAGAACCGCGGCAAGUUCAAUGCCAAGCGUGAGAUUACUGCUGAUGAUGUAACCAAAGACCGAGAAUAUGUCUACCUUUCUCUCCUGACGAGCGAGCGCGCUUUCGCGCAGGCUAUGAGCGUCAAAGCGUCUCACACCUCCGACCAGAAGGGCAUUGUCGGUCGCACACGGUCGCACAUCAUCUCACGCCUUGUCAAGGCAGCUAAGACGGCCGACGAGCUUGUCGAGACCCUCUCCGACGCGGGCGAGGGUACGACGACGACUACCGACCUUCUCGAAGCCACGGCUUACGCCUCCAUGAUUCGCGGAGCUGCCUCGUUCGAGAAGCAGAACUGGGAGUCUUGCCUGCGGAGCUACUCUACCUGCCGCAUCAUUUACGCCGCGCUGGCCGGUACGGCCAAGGGCGACGUCUUCAACGACCUGCUGUCCGAGACCAUCGACCCGUCCAUCCGCUAUGCCGCAUACCGCCUCAACACGCCCCGUACGGUCCCCAUCAGCGACAUUGCCCGCAAAGCCUUUCCCCAGUCCGACACGGCGCUUGUCGACGACAUCAACAAGGUUGACCCCGACAUUCUGAAGAGCCCGGACGGCCAGACUUCGGCGACGGUUCCGUCGGCGGAAGGAAGAGCUACGCCUCCCACCCUCAUCUGGCGAUCGCGCGAGGUCAAGAUCGAGGACGCCCAGAUCGCCCAGGCAUGGGGAUCCGUCCUGGCCGCCAAGAUUCGUCUGUCGGAGAAACUGCAGGGCAAUGCCAGCGCAGACAACCGCUUCGAUGUCACGGCCGCCUAUGAAGAGGUCCUCACCUCGACACAGGACGCAGUCGAUGCCACUAAGCAGGCUAUUGACGAGCUCAGGGCAGAGGGUGUCGGCCAGGGCGACAGCCGUAUGCAGAGCCUGCAAAUCACCCGCACCGCUGUCAACUACGAGAUGAUCAUCUGGCGCAUCGGCCGCAACAGGGUCCUCACCGGUACCCGCGACGGUGCUGUGGAGGAGUACGGUUCCAUCAGCAGGCGGCGCAACAAACGGGUUGCUGCUGAGACCGAAGAGGAAGAGCGAGAGAACAAGGAGCCCCCUCCCAGAAGGAAACUCGCCAAGCUUAAGGAGAAGGUGGCCCUAUACAACGGCAACCUGCAGAACCUACAGUCCAUCAAGGAUCUUCCCGGUGUUGCCGCCGACGAGGACCUAGCCGCCAAACUUGACGCCACGAUCAAGUACUUUGAGUCUCUGUCCAGUGCCCUGUCCAUCGCCCGCUCCCACUCGAUAAUCGGCAACGUGGCCAACGCCCUCGCCCUAAUCAACCACGCCCUUUCCCUAGCAAAGGAAUCUGCCACUCUCCUCCCAGAGUCCAUCACUGACGAGUUCUCCACCUCCCUCCCCCUAUCCGUCGACGUCGGCCACGCCGACCUGAAGUUCCUCUCCCGCCUACUAGCCGGGGAACUCCAACGCCAUCGCGCCAUAGCCCACAUCGAUCACCUCCGCAAGGGCAUCGACUCCAGCAAUACCUCAGCAUUGUCAAAGCUGUCGCCACCCCUCGUCGAACGUCUGCACGACUACCCCGCCGGUGGAGCCGUCCACCUGUCCAAGAUUGUGCAGCUCCCUCCCCGACUGGACCUCGCUCCUGUCAAGCCCAUCUUCCUCGACGUCGCGUGGAACUACAUCGAUUAUCCUGGUAAGACUCCUGGAGCUGCCUCAGCCGCCGCUACUCCCGCCACUACAGGUGCUACGACCCAGCAGCCUGCCAAGAAAGGUUGGUUUGGAUUCGGUAGAUCUUGA